CCAACCGGUGCCCCCCCUCCGUGCCGGUGCCCCCCCGGAGAGGCGGGCGCGGGGGGUUGGGGGGGGGCUGGGGGCUCCGGUCCUCGCCGCGCGCGGCGGCGACACAAAGCGGCUCCCGGCGGCGGCGGCGGCGGGGGGGUCCCGGCGCGCCCGCGGUCCCGGUGCCGGGCGGCCCCGCCAUGGCCAAGUGGCUCCGGGAGUACCUGGGCCGGGGGGCCCGGCGCUCCCCCCCCCGCCCGCCCCAGCCCGACUAUAGCGGCGGCGAGCGCCGCCCCACCGGCACCGGGAGCGGGCCCCCGCCCGGCGCUCCCCCCGGCGCUGCCCUCCGCGGCCCCGCUGCCUCCCCUCGGCACCGGCUGGUGCGGGUGGGGGGCGCGGGGCCGGGGGGCGGCCCCCGCCGCCUGGAGCAGGGCCCUGGCGAGAGCGAGUACUCAGAGCCCUUCAAGGGGGAUCAGGACCCAGCUCCCGAGGGUGGCUGCGAGGAGCCCGGCGAGGCCACAGGGUGCCAGUGGCAGGGCGAGGGCCGGCGGGCAAGGCCGCAGCAGGGACCCCAGCUCUAUGACACCCCUUACGAGGAGUGGGAGACGGCAGGGGAGGGCCCAGGGGUGCCCACUGCCCGGGAGAGCCGCCUGCCCCAUGACGACGAGCGCCCAGCCGACGAGUAUGACCAGCCCUGGGAGUGGAAGAAGGAUCACAUCUCGCGGGCGUUCGCAGUGCAGUUCGAGAGCCCUGAGCACUCCCCCAGCCUGUCCCGGCAGCUGCCGCGGCCCCCUCGGCCCCCCACAGGCGCCCGGCUGGGCUGCCCCCCCAGCCCCAGGCACGUGGACACCUCGCUGCCCCUGGAGAAGCAGGCGUGGUACCACGGCCCCAUUGGGCGGGCGGGCGCCGAGACACUGCUGGCGCUGUGCCGUGAGGGCAGCUUCCUGGUGCGGGACUGUGAGACCAGCCCCGACGACUACUCGCUCUCGCUCAGGAGCAGCCAUGGCUUCGUGCACGUGAAGCUCACGCGGACACGGGAGCAGCAUUUCAUGCUGGGCCGCGCCGGGGCCACCUUCCCCUCGGUGCCUGAGGCUGUGCGGCACUACACAGCACGGGCGCUGCCCGUCCGUGGUGCCCACCACCUCUCCCUGCUCUACCCCGUGGCCGUACAGCCCCUGUGAGCCCAGCACUGCUGGGCACCCCCCAGCUGUGCCCCCCACCCUGGUCCCACAGCGAAGCACCCCCAUUAAAAGCUGAUGCACA